CUUUUAUCCGUGCGCUUCAAAGUGGGAGCCGAGUCCAUAGGUUGAACACUGCGUUCUAUUUCAGGUUAUUCGGUUUGCACAGACAAACAUUUAAACAGCUCAACUGAUAAUUCGGUCAAGUUUACAGCCAUGCUGAGAAGAAGCAGACGCUUACAGGAAAAUGGAUAUUAUGGCAGUGACGGCAAGCCAGUCAUCUGCUAUAAUGAGAGGACAAACAGGGUUUUCAAAAAACUCAAAGGGUUUUCAAAAACUCAUGCAAGAUAUGAUACGUUGCCAGAUACGUAUCUCGAUGUCCCACUAGACGUACCUAGUGGGACACGGAGCUCUGAAACGAGUCCUGCAAACAGGCCAUGGAAGAUGUUGGCGUUCAUCCUGUUCUUGUGUCUUGGACUCUUUGUGACUCUGGCCUUCCGCACUGAGUUCUCCACCAACACUGUGACAAACGUCUCCAGUGGUAACUCUGAAGAUGUGUGGAAGCACCUCAAGGAGCCCCGAGAGGAAGUGCUUGAACGCCAAGAGGAAGUGGAGGAACUCCAAGAGGAAGUGGAGGAACGCCAAGAGAAACUGGAAGAACGCUACGAGAAACUGGAGGACCUCCAAGAGGAACUGGAGGAACGCCAAGAGAAACUGGAGGAACUCCAAGAGGAAGUGGAGGAACUCCAUGAGGAACUGGAGGAACUCCAAGAGGGACUGGAGGAACACCAAGACAAACUGAAGGAACGCCAAGAGGAAGUGACGGAUCUCCAAGAGGAACUGGAGGAACUCAAGUUCAAAAUGGAGUUCCUUCAUCCAGUAUCAGACAGGAUGCCCAAUUUUGCCCUGGAGUCACUGGGAGCCAGAAUUAUAACUGAUACGCUUACAGAGUUCUAUCCCCGAGAAGACAUACAAUUUACCUUGUUUGGGCAUCCAGUCGUAAGUCCCAAAUUCCCUCCACCUAUGAACCCAGGGAUCCUUCUUCAGGGAUUGGCACCUACGACGCCGGGGUACUGCUGGGCCUUUAGAGGUAAUAGGGGAGGGGUGUUGCUUGAGCUGUCCCACAACAUAACAAUCAGCCAUGUGACGAUGGGAUACAUCUCGAAGAACAUAUCCCCGGAUGAGACGUUAUCAAGCGCUCCGAGGAUAUUUACAGUCUUGGGGCAAAGAAAUAUGUAUCAUCGAAAGAUCUACCUGGGUACCUUCAGGUACGAUAUCAGGGGACCGCCACUUCAGACGUUUGAGAUACCGGCUCGUAACAGAAUGAUGAAGUUCCUGACACUGUGGAUCCACAAUAACUGGGGCAACCGUCGGUCUACAUGCGUUUAUAGCUUUAGAGUUCAUGGAAAGGUGACCGACUCUAAGGAUGUGCUGAUAGUGGAUUAUUUAUAAAAAGAAAGAAAGAAAUGAUGUGAAGAUGAAUCAGAUUGAAAAAAUGCCUUCAUAGCAUUUUUUCAGAGGCGGAUAUUAGCUGGGUGGAGUCUGGUUAACCAACAGUCUCACAUCCAGCUAACAUCCAUCCUGCCACAUAACACUAGUUCAGUGUUUGCAGUCUGAUUCACCUCACCCCCAACCGGUCCAGGCAGAUAACCGCCCCUCCCCGAGCCUGGUUCUGCCGGAGGUUUCUUCCCGUUUCCAGGGAGUUGUUCCUCCCCACUGUCGCCAAACGCUUGCUCGCAGGGGAUCGUCAGAUUGUUGGGGUUUUUCUUUCUUUACUUUUUCA